AUGAGCGCCGAAAACGGUAUCCUCACUGCCCACCGAGCUUUGACUCUUCCAGAAAGCGUGGGUGAAAUCCUCCUUUGGAUCAACAAGGACGAUGAAAUCUAUUACCGCACAAGCCACUUACUGAGUUGCGCUUUGGUAAAUAAGACGUGGUGCCAUGAAGCAACACGUAUUUUGUGGGGUGACAUGGAAGAACAUGGGAAAUAUCUCAACGAUAUCAUGACAAAAAUCUCCCCCCAGCGCCACCAGACUUAUGCCAGCCUUGUGAAGACUGCAAAUGUAAAAGCAUCCUAUAACUGGGAGGCCAGAUCAGCUGUACUAUCAGCUUUAGAAGACGUGAAGAUUUCUACCCCUGACCAAUGGGACUCUCUGACUGCCCGAAUUCUGAAGCUCUUCCCAACUUUGUUGAAUGUUCGAAUUCUGGUACCAGCUAUCCUUCAUAUUGCAGGAUUUGAGGCUCUAUCUGAAAACCUACCAAACUUGGCAUCUAUCGAGUUUGAGGAAAUCUACUCCCAGUACGACACGGAAAGUAGUAUGGAGGAUACGCUUAGUGAGGAUUUGGGCUUUAACAAUACGGAUCAGAAUAGUACGGAUGACGAGGAUACGAGCAGCGAGUCCACACAUAGCGAGUCUAAACAUACCGAAGGUACGGAUGAGUGGUAA